AUGAAAGAAUUUCCAUUAGAAUUAAAUUUAAAAAAAUCUAUAACAUUUGCUUCUAGUGGAAAUGCAUCUGAAAAUCAUGUUGUUGAAUUAAAAUUGAAAAAUACUACUAAAGAGAAACAGGCUGUUAAAGUAAAAUGUACAAGUAAUGAUUUAUUUAAAAUUGCACCUCCAGUUUCUGUAAUUAAAGCUGGUGAAUCAUUAUCAGUAACAUUAACAUAUAAUGGUAAUAAACCUUAUCCUGAUGAUAAUAAACAUUAUUUUGUUAUUUAUUCACUCACUGCAACAACUGAUGAAGCUCCAAGAAAGUUAUUUUCAAAUGAUAAAGAUAAAAAAACAGAAAAUAUCAGAUUAUUUGUAUUCUUCAAAAAAGAUGAUGGUGAUGAAAAAGAUACCAACAAAAAAGAUGAAAAUAAGGAUGAAAAGAAGGAUGAUAAAAAGGAUGAUAAAAAGGAGGAAGAAAAAGAUGAUAAAAAAGAAGACAAAAAAGAAGACAAAAAGGAAGAUAAAAAGGAAGAUAAAAAAUAA